AUGCCAGAGCCUUCUGACCACCGUGGCACCAAAAAAACUGGAUGGAAGGCCAAGUUAGUCUUCUUCGCUGUCCUUUGGGAUGCCAAAGAUUGGGCCACCACAGAUGCCAUAGUCAGCAAAUUCCAAGCUGAUUUGGCAAAGCAUCCAUUGCAGCCAAACCAGGCAUGGGGAAGGUCAGCCCAGCAAUUGGUAGACCACUAUGCUGCAGGCCAUUGGGAUGCUGUGCCAAGCCUCUUGGAGACCAUGAAGGCCAACCUCCACUUUGCCAGGGAAUACACCAGAACCCAGAACAUCAUGAACCGCCAUGGGUCUGAUGCCAGAAGACCAGAUUGGUUUGACAUUCGAACAGAGAAAGCCACUUUGAACCAAUGUGUGGAGUCAUUAGCCACUGCAUCAAACAACCAUGCAUUGACAUUGGCCCAUGGUGGCCAGAAGGUGCACAACUUCCCAGCCUACUUGACAAGCCAAGACUGGACCUUGCUCCAUGCAGAUGUGACUGUCAUGGAUCUUUUGUCUGCGUUAGCCCAAAGGCUGGCCCACAUGAGUGUUGUGAGCCUCAAGGAGCACACCAAGCACCAAGCAGUGGCCCUGAUCUUGAAAAUCAGAAAUGACCAGGGGAAGCCAGCUAUGACCCCACAUGCUUUGCACCAGCUGCAGAAAGAUUUCCAAGCUCUUCACAAAGCAGCUACCCAAGGGGUUGCACCAGGUAAUGGAACAUACCCUCCCAGGCCAAAUGACUUGGGAGAGAAUUGGUUGCAGGCAGCCUGUGGGAAUGAUAGACCAGAAUGUCGCCAAAUCUCAUUGGCACCAUGGAUGAAGAAGGCUCCUGUCAGGAACACCAACCUGUUGCUCCAAGCCACCCAAUGCAGAACCAAUGGAAAUGUGCCACAAGACACUGUGGCCCAGCUUGCUCAAGCUUUGUUACAAGCCCAGAGCCACAGGCAGCCACAGGUUACCUUUGCAACACAGGCAGCCACCAGCCAGCAGGAAGUCUUGAACAACAGGCCUGCAGCCACACCCAUGCCCCAGGCACUGCCUCUGACAAAUGGGCCAACUGAGCAAGCUUUGCCUUUGGCCACUGAGCCAGCGGUGCCUCAGCAAAAGGGCCAACCAUCUAGCAACACCAAUGGCCAGACAUUGGAAGAGUUGGAAGCACAGGCUUACCAAGCCAUUGCCUCCAAGAAGAAGACCAAGGGGAUGAAGAGACCUACCAAGAGGGCCAAGCUGGCAGAGCUUCUGCAAUUCUCUUCCAAUUUGCCCAAGCAUUCACAAAGUGCUUUGGCAGCUAUUCUCGACAAGGCCAAGAAGUCUGGAAUACCAGAUCUACACAGCGGGCGCCCUUUGGCCAUGUACAAAGUGAUCACCCCCGCCGCGGCGGCAGCUGCUGUGGAAGGGUUGCAGGAUGUCCUGCAGAGUAGGAAGUGGAAGAAGGUGUGGGGCGAGGUCGAAGGGAAGAUUGGGUUGGUUGACUGGGACUUCAAGGCCUGUGGUGGUGGCAGAGGAAAUUGGUUGUGUGAGGUGGAAAGCGAGCGUUGGGGAGACAAUGGGGGCAAGGCGAUGCAGAGCAUUGCGGAAUUGGACGUAAAGUGUGUAGGAGUUGCGAUCGGUGAAGUGGUUCUGAUUGGGAAUGGGUUCAAGGACCAAAGGAUGUUGGAGAAUGGCUUCCAGCAACCCUUUGAGUAA